UGACUCAUUAACUAGUAGCCACACCCUCACUUAUGGUGGCAGCAUGUCUCUUGCCUUUAGGCUUCAUUCUCUCUCUGUUUUGACCAACAGGUGCCUCCCUCCCUCCUCUCUCGUUCCUGCUAGAGGAAAGAAAACGGCAAAGAAACAAAAGAAGUCUAGGAAAGAUGCUCAAAAGGAUGCAAUGAAAGAGUAUAGGAAACAACUGGAGGUGAGAGAGGCUUUGGAACAAGUCGUACUUCAAGCUGCUAGGAGGGGAGAACCAAUGGACCCUGAAAUGUUUAAUCCAGCAAGAAAACGUUCUUACAUUCAGCCGAGUGAAGAAGAGAGAGAAAAGCGAAUACUGCUAAUGAAAGAAUGGUCAAGAUAUACAAUGCAACAACACAAACAGGAGCUGCAGCAGCUACAAGGAAUGAUGAAAACUAGAGAACAUGCACUGAAGGAAUUGCGUAAACUCUCUCUGCCUCUUUAUAAGGAAUCGUUGGAACUACGAAAAGAUAUUUUCCCUUUCAAAAGGAUCGGUCCAGUGGCUACACCUCCUAAAGAUAAUUAUAUAGCACCGGAUCCAGACAGUGAACUAUUUUAAUAAUAACAACAAUAAUAAUAAUAACUAUGGUAAUAAUUAUAAGAAUAAUUAAUAAGAGAGAAGGAGAGAUGGUGUCUUUAGUUAAAUUAUUACUGUGACGUAUUUAUAAAUCU